UUUUCGCCCACUAACAGUUCAAUAUUAUAUAAUGGGUUGAACUUUAAUAUAAGUUCCACUGCCUGAUUUCUUCAUUCGUCUCCACCUUUACUCGGAUUUGGAUUCCUCAAGAAUCAAUAACCAUGUCUCAAAGACCUGUGCUGUACUACUUCAACGGGAGGGGGAAAAUGGAGUCAAUCCGCUGGCUUCUGACAGUCGCGGAGGUGGACUACGAUGAGAUCUUUCUGACGUCCAGAGAGCAGUUUGUUAAACUCCUGGAUGAUGGAGCGUUCAUGUUCCAGCAGGUGCCUAUGGUGGAAAUCGAUGGCAUGAGACUCAUUCAGUCCAAAGCAAUCCUGAAUUACAUUGCUGAAAAGUACAACCUCCAUGGGAAUGAUAUCAAAGAGCGUGUUCAGAUCAACAUGUACACAGAGGGACUGAUGGAUCUCAUGGAGAUGAUAAUGGUCCUUCCCUUCAGCGCAGACCCCAAAUCAAAACUGGACAACAUUGAGACGAAAGCAAAGGAGCGUUACCUUCCAGUGUUUGAAAAGGCGCUGACUGACUCCGUACAUCUGGUUGGAGGAAGACUGACCUGUGCAGAUGUGUAUCUGACUGAAUGCACCUUGAUGCUGGAAGAGAAAUUCACAGCAAUUCUUAAAGAUUUCCCUGCCGUGAAGGCUUUCCAGGGCAGGAUGCUUCUGAUUCCAGCCAUCAGCAGGUUUCUUCUGCCAGGCAGCAAGAGGAAGCCACAGCCAGAUGAGGUGUACGUGAAGACUGCCAAGGAAGUGUUGAACCUGAAUUUCACAUUUCCUUGAACUCUGAUGCAUUCCUUACAUUAAAUGCCAAUAAUAAAAUUCUCAAUAUGCAAAAGUAGCAAGUGAUUGAAAACUGGAAAAUGCCUAACUAAAUCCAUUUGAUAUUAAAAGAAUUCAUGUAUUCAAUAAUGCCAUUAUUGAGCAAUCCAAUGACAAGGUCUUAACAAAGUAAAGUUUAUUUUUGAGGAACA